GGACGGCCACAGCAGCAGCAGCAGCUCACCUCUGCCCAAUGAGACAAGUGCAGCAUUUUGUGGAUCAAGAAGCACUUUUCAUGCAGAAUCUCCCUUUGAUCUAACAUCGGCUCUCUGAGACAACAUAAUCCCCAUCGUACAGAUGAAGAAACAGAGACUCAGAGGAUGGGGACCCAGAAGACCAGCACUUGGAGUUGCCCUAGAAACUGCAGCACCAGGGAGACCCACUCUCCCACCUGGGAACUGGUUUGUAGACCACGACAGUGACCAACCCCUGAACAGCCUCGAUGUCAGCCCCCUGCGCAAACCCCGCACCUCCCUGGAGACCUUCAAAAAGGUGGGGAUCCCCAUCAUCGCGGCACUGCUGAGCCUGGUGAUCAUCGUCAUUGUGGCUAUCCUUAUCAAGGUGAUUCUGGACAAAUACUACUUCCUCUGCGGGCGGCCCCCCUACUUCAUCCAGAGGCAGCAGGUGUGUGACGGCCAGCCGGACUGUGCCACGGGAGAAGACGAGGAGCACUGUGUGAAGAACGUCCCCGACGGGACUGCGGUGGCAGGUGUCCGCCUCUCCAAGGACCGAGCUACCCUGCAGCUGCUGGACCCGGCCACGGGGAACUGGGCCUCCGCCUGUGCUGACAACUUCACAGAAGCUCUGGCCAGGACAGCCUGUGCGCAGAUGGGCUACAGCAGCAAACCCACUUUCAGAGCUGUGAAGAUUGGCCCAGAUCAGAGUCUGGAUGUCGUUAAAGUCACAGAAAACAGCCAGGAGCUUCAGGUGCAGAACUCAAGUGGACCCUGUCUCUCGGGCUCCCUGGUCUCCUUGUACUGCCACGCUUGCGGGGAGAGCCUGAGGGCUCCUCGAGUGGUGGGCGGGGAACCGGCCUCUGUGGACUCGUGGCCAUGGCAGGUGAGCCUCCAGUACAACAAAAUGCACAUCUGUGGUGGCAGCAUCCUGGACCCCCUCUGGAUCCUCACAGCUGCCCACUGCUUCAGGAAGCAUCUGGAUGUGUCCAGCUGGAAGGUGAGGGCCGGCUCGGACAAAUUGGGCACCUUCCCAUCCCUGCCUGUGGCUGCCAUCUUCGUCCCAGAGCCCAACACCACAUACCCCAAAGAGAAGGACAUUGCUCUCGUGAAGCUGCAGUUACCACUCCUGUUCUCAGACACCGUCAGACCCAUCUGCCUGCCCUUCUUUGAUGAGGAGCUUGCUCCAGCCACCCCACUCUGGGUCGUCGGAUGGGGCUUUACAGAGCAGGAUGGAGGGAAGAUGUCUGACACGCUGCUGCAGGCCUCGGUCCAGGUCAUCAACAGGACGCAGUGCAAUGCAGAGGACGCGUACCACGGGGAGGUCAGCGAGAAGAUGCUGUGUGCGGGCAUCCCGGAAGGCGGCGUGGACACCUGCCAGGGUGACAGCGGAGGCCCCCUGAUGUAUCAUUCUGACCAGUGGCAGGUGGUGGGCAUCGUGAGCUGGGGCUAUGGCUGCGGGGGCCCGAGCACCCCAGGUGUGUACACCAAGGUCACUGCCUAUCUCGACUGGAUCUACAGCGUCCGGAAGUCUGAACUGUAAAGCUGCUGCCCCUCUACAGUGCUGGGAGCUCCUUCUCCCAUGCCCACCCCUCGGGGACACCCUCAGAAGUCAGACCAGAGCAGGAGCCCCCGUGGGCACACCUCUCCACCCA